UUCCUCUCUCUCUCUCUCUCUUCGUCCACACAAAUCCAGCCUCUUCUCCCCUCAAUCCAGUCUCUUCUCCCCUCUGAAACCCUAAACCCUAACCCUAACCCUAACAUCUCCUCUCCAUGCUUAACCCUAAUGGAGAACCGAUGCGGAUCCAGCGUCAGCGGUAGCAGAAUCAAGAGGAAACCCUUCUCCGAUCUCACCAACUCGCCUUCCCCCCUUGUCAGAUCCAAACCCAAGCCCAAACCCAGACCCAAACCCGGCCCGAAACCCAAAGACGCGGAACCCGCUUUCUCCUCAACUGCUAACGAGGAAGAGAACCGCGGGGAUCUUCAGAGCUCGGCGGCGUCGACUUGUGGCAAAGAUGUUGACAAUAAUGAAAAUUCAAACAAUUCACGGCCAAUUAAAGUUAGAAGAAAGGACAAGGAGAUUGCUUUCAAAGCUACUUCAACUCUAAGCUGCCCUCCACCAGAACGAAAUAGAAGCAUUGAACAUACAAAAUUGAAGAAUCAUAUUGGUGCUCUGCAUAAAGCCUUUUCAGCUCCCCGUGAAAGAACCCAAAAGAGAAAGCAUCAGCAUGGGUCGUCACCUGUCAAGCUUCAGAAGUCCGUUUUUCCUCCCGAUUUUGUUGAGAAGCAGAGAGCCUACUUUGCUGAAAUCGACGCGUUUGAGUUGCCAGAGGAGGAGGUCUCAGAUGGAGGACUAGAAUAAUUUAGCCAAGGGUCAGGCUCAGGAGAAGCCUGACGGUUUCCUUCUCCUUGUGGAUUUUGAUGCCUCCUACAUUACUAAUCACAAACUAUUAUGUAAAGGUGAUGGAUACUAUUGAUAUUACCCUGUAACUGGGAGGUUUUUUUAUGAGGCAUAGUUACUGCUCCCUCACACUUCCUAGUUUAUGUAUAUGUACUAUUAACCAGAGAUGUAUAAAGCAUGUAAGUGAAUCAAUCUGCUAAAUGUGUGUCAUUUUCUCA